AUGGGAAAAGUCGGCUAUAAGCAUUUAUUAAGCUUGCGACCAAAGUCUAAGGAAGAUCAGCAAAAUGCUAUCUCAACAUUGCGACGGGACGUUAUGCUGGAGCAGGUAGAAGCAGAAACAGACGGUACAUCCACUACCAGAGCAUACAUUUGGAGCAUAUUUCUUCAUUCAAGACCCAAAAGUAGUGAGGAGUAUAUACGAUACGUGCGUCAAGGUCCUUCACCGCUUGCUGAGAAAAUUCGCAACGAUGUUUCACGUACACUCGUCACCGAUACCUUUUUCCAUACACGUGUUUCCCAGUCUUCCCUUUCCCGCGUUUUGAAUGUGUAUGUUUGGAAGAAGGGAACUACGUAUGUCCAAGGAAUGAAUGUACUUGCCGCACCCUUCUUGUACGUGUGUAAAAGUGAAAGCCAAUCAUACUACAUGUUCGAAAAGCUUCUCCAACACGAAUGCCCUCUCUACGUGGUGCCGAAUUUGGAUGGUGUUCACCGAGGAUUGAAGCUCUUGGACAAGUGUCUAGAACUUUUGGACACCAAACUCUACGCUUAUCUCAUCAGUAAAGGCCUUCCUGCCAAACUCUAUGCAUUCCCAUCAAUUCUUACGCUGAGCGCAUGUACUGCUCCACUGUCAGAGGUUUUGAAACUUUGGGACUUCCUUUUUGCUUACGGCGUCCAUUUAAAUGUUCUUUGUGUUAUCGCUCAGCUACUGGUCAUUCGCGACGAACUUAUUAGUCAUCCAAAACCCAUGAAGCUCCUGCGGAAAUUUCCGCCGCUGAAUGCCAAGGACGUGAUUCGUCUUACUGUUCUUCUUAUUACCAAAAUUCCCAGAGACCUCUUCGACUUGCUAGUACGUCAUUGCUGGGACCCCGAUGUUGGUGUCGUCAUCGAUCGCUUAUGA